AUGCUGGGUAGUAUUUUCGGUGUAAACAUUACAAUUGGCGAUUUGUAGCUUCUCAUGACAAAAAAUACAUAAAUUUGGCGGCCUUGGGAGCUGUGCCUUCUCCCUCGCGUAUUCUUGGUUUGCAGUGUCGCUACCCGGUGGCGCGUUCGCUGCUAAACCCUUUGCUCGUGCUCAUCCACUGGCUGUCCAGGUCCGUCCCACGUCUUCUCGUCUGCUUGGGUGCAGUUUUGAUUUGCUCAUUGACCUCAACACGUCACUCCAGCCGGGCACCCACCCUGCCCAUCAGCAUAACCAUGCCCGAACCGCCCACUUCCUUCCCCAUACGAUGUUUCGCUUCUUCUAUGUCGCCGCCUACCAGCCGGAAGUCCACUACUACAAGGAAGCGGAGGUUAUUUGGCAAGCCGUCUCCGACAACACGUGGCGACAGCUUGAGGCCUACAUCGAGGAACUGCGAGAGUGCUGCCUACAGAUCGGAAUUCGGCUGGAGCAACGGUCGAGCUGGAACAUCUUCUCUCCAGACGUACGAGCAGUCUGGCGAGAAUCGUGGCAGUUCUAUCAUGGAGACCGCAGCGUCUGGUCCGAUUACUGGAUGAUCAUCAAAUACUCCGGCUUCUGUGAGUUCUCAUCUAUGAAUGACCGUGAUCUGCCCAUUGCAUCUGCUGCGGCACGCUCUAGCUCUGACUCAAAUUAAACUCACUUUCGAGCGCACUAGACGUUCACUAUCUGCGCAAUCAAUUCAUCUCGUAUCACAACUCGAAGCACCCCGAGCUCGCCCCCCCUCUUCGACGAUCCGACAAUCUGCUUCAUCGUCUGGGAGCGCUCCCAUUGUUUCGGCGGGAUCGUGUGGUCUACUUCCAAGGGAUCGUGGAAUCAACCCCUGGAUCUUCGGGAUUCUUCGUAGACGAGGUUGAACACCUCAAGAGUAA